AUGCUGCUCGCUGGUGCUUAUAGGACAUCUGCUUGGGCGAACGGCAACAUUCUCUGGACCUGCCCAGAAAAUCCGGUUGACCAUCUCUCAGUAUCUACUUGUCAACAUGUGCAUUAUAAUGACCUAAGAGGUGUGCAUCGGCCUAUAAGAAGUGCCCCAUUUGCAGGGUAUUUUGCGGCAACACCUAUUCCACCCUUUAGAGCCAAAAUUAAUUAUUUAGAUAUGAUUCUCUUCACGUUCUUCGUAACUUUCUUAGCGGUGCUGGGCGCCAUUUGUGACGACUUUUCGAUUGAAAGUCGCUCGACAAGAGCCACGUCGCAUGCCUCUUCGAGCAGUCGACGACAUCGCCAUAGAAAAGAUCAUGAGCGUAUCAGUCGAUCACCUGCGAGGUCUGCCGGGCGUCAGUCCACCCCCCAGACCGUGGCGGAAACCAACCAGACUGGUAUCGGAAACUCAACCGUACCAGUGGCUACGCCAAACUCGACUGUGCCAGUAGCCUCGCCAAACUCCACCGCAUCAUCGGCUUUGCCCAUCUCGGCGUCAGUGAAUGUCAGCGGUGACUCCACGGCAGAACCGGCCUCGCCGACUCCCGCUUCUGUCCCUGUCUCAUCAGGCACUGCAUCUACCAGCACGGCAGUCUUGGGUCUAGACGCCAACAGUCUUAAUCAUGCGGGCAUCUAUCUUGGAUUUCUUCCAGACGGUGGUGAUGCGGGAGGAACUAGGCAGACCAUGGCUUCGAUCAACUCUGCCAUCGGACACACAUCUUCCACCUACGGCUGGUAUGGGCAAGCAGUCAGCGGGACGCUCUUUGAUGGCUCUCAACUCCUUGCGGUCCUGGAUGACGUGAAAGCUUCGAAGGCUGUGUUCCAGCCGGCGGUGAUGCCAGUUCAGGGUUGGAAAGGACUAACCAGCUCGGAUAAUAGUCAAGCUGUAGCAAUUGCCCAAGUAAUGAAGAAAUUCACUGACGAGGGAAUACCAGUCUGGCUUCGUUUUGCCCAUGAGAUGAACUAUUACCAAACCGAUGGGACCUACGUCGGUAAUGCUGCGGAUUUCAAAGCAGGCUGGGCAGCCGUCGCUGCUGCAUGCAAAAGCAUUGCUCCUGACGUGAAGAUGUGGUGGUCGCCCAAUAUUUCCACUGCCGAGAACUACGCCGAGUAUGCCCCCGAUGACAUGUCCACUGUUGACUUGGUUGGAAUAGACUUUUAUCCUAAAUCCCUUCAAACUGGUAAAGAAUUUCUCGACACGAUGAAGGAAUUCCAUGAUAAAUAUGCCGUCGAUGGGCGUAUGUUUGCCAUUGGCGAGACUGGGCUUGGCUACGCAGGCACUCCUGCCGACCGACUUUCAUGGCUUUCUCAAGUGACCUCGGCCAGAUCCGAGCUGAAGAACUACGUUUCCGCCGCGUGGUUCAACUACCAUAAAGAGUACGAUUAUCAGAUCGUCUCUACACAAACACCUUCGUUGACAUCAGAGUUCAAGAGCUUUCUUGCAGCCUGA